AUGAUGCCUCGACCCUUGUUGCUUGUUUUUCUACUGCUCAUGCUUGUAAUCACUUCUCAGUUUGAGUGGAAACAACAACUUGUGGUUGAUGUUGAUUCAACUUCAAGCUUAUCUAUAAAGCAGCAACGGAUUUCAAAGGGGGUUGAAACAGUAAAGGAAAAGAUUAUUUUAGUGCAAGAGAGAAAUAUUCGAAGAUUGAAUGAGGUUGUAAGGCAUCUCCAGGAACAAUUGCAGCAAUGUAGAAGCACUAAUAAUGGUACAACAAACAGCACGGUUGUAAGCGUAUACUAA